AUGUUUGAGAGCCAUCAUAUGUUCGAUAUGACCCCGAAGAGUACUUCUGAUAACGACUUGGGAAUCAUCGGAAGCCGAGAAGAUGAUUUCGAGACCAAGUCAGGGACUGAAGUCACCACCGAGAAUCCUUCUGGUGAAGAGCUCCAAGAUCCUAACCAACGUCCCAACAAAAAGAAGCGUUACCAUCGCCACACGCAACGCCAAAUUCAAGAACUUGAAUCGUUCUUCAAGGAAUGUCCUCAUCCAGAUGAUAAACAACGGAAAGAGUUGAGCCGUGAUCUCUGUUUAGAGCCUCUUCAAGUGAAGUUUUGGUUCCAAAACAAACGCACACAAAUGAAGGCACAACAUGAGAGGCAUGAGAAUCAGAUUCUAAAGUCAGACAAUGACAAACUCAGAGCAGAGAACAAUAGAUACAAAGAAGCUCUAAGCAAUGCUACAUGCCCUAAUUGUGGCGGUCCUGCUGCAAUUGGAGAAAUGUCCUUCGAUGAACAACAUAUCAGGAUUGAAAAUGCUAGACUCCGUGAAGAGAUUGAUAGAAUUUCUGCGAUUGCUGCAAAAUAUGUUGGGAAGCCAUUGGGAUCGUCUUUCGCUCCUUUAGCCAUCCACGCGCCUUCUCGUUCGCUUGAUCUUGAAGUUGGGAACUUUGGGAACCAGACAGGAUUUGUAGGGGAAAUGUAUGGAACAGGGGACAUUUUGAGGUCUGUUUCGAUCCCUUCCGAGACCGAUAAGCCAAUGAUUGUCGAGCUAGCGGUUGCAGCUAUGGAAGAACUCGUGAGAAUGGCUCAAGCCGGGGAUCCUUUAUGGGUUUCAACUGAUAAUUCAGUCGAGAUUCUCAAUGAAGAAGAGUAUUUUAGAACGUUUCCGCGAGGAAUUGGACCAAAGCCAUUAGAAUUGAGAUCAGAGGCUUCAAGAGAAUCCGCGGUUGUUAUAAUGAAUCACAUCAAUCUCGUUGAGAUUCUCAUGGAUGUGAAUCAAUGGUCUUGUGUUUUCUCUGGGAUUGUGUCAAGAGCAUUGACACUUGAAGUUCUUUCGACUGGAGUUGCUGGAAACUACAAUGGUGCCUUGCAAGUGAUGACAGCUGAGUUUCAAGUUCCAUCGCCACUAGUCCCGACACGUGAGAACUACUUUGUGAGAUACUGUAAGCAGCAUAGCGACGGUUCUUGGGCUGUGGUUGAUGUCUCUUUGGACAGCCUGAGACCGAAUCCGAUCUCAAGAACCAGAAGAAGGCCUUCAGGUUGUCUGAUUCAAGAACUGCCUAAUGGUUAUUCUAAGGUUACAUGGAUAGAGCAUAUGGAGGUUGAUGAUAGAUCGGUUCAUACAAUGUAUAAACCGUUGGUACAUUCCGGUUUAGCUUUUGGUGCGAAACGUUGGGUGUCUACACUCGAACGCCAAUGCGAACGGCUAGCGAGCUCUAUGGCUAGCAACAUUCGUGCGGGUGAUCUUUCCGUGAUAACUGGUCCAGAAGGGAGGAAGAGCAUGUUGAAGCUAGCUGAGAGGAUGGUUAUGAGCUUCUGCAGUGGCGUAGGCGCGUCGACUGCACACGCGUGGACGACAAUGACGGCUACAGGAUCCGAUGACGUUCGGGUUAUGACCCGGAAGAGUAUGGAUGAUCCAGGAAGACCUCCGGGUAUUGUUCUUAGUGCAGCAACUUCAUUUUGGAUCCCAGUGGCUCCAAAACGUGUUUUUGAUUUCCUCCGCGACGAAAAUUCCAGAAGCGAGUGGGAUAUUCUCUCAAAUGGAGGAACGGUUCAAGAAAUGGCUCAUAUAGCCAAUGGUCGAGAACCUGGAAACUGUGUCUCCUUGCUCCGAGUCAAUAGCGGAAACUCGAGCCAGAGCAACAUGUUGAUUCUACAAGAAAGUUGUACGGACGCGUCUGGUUCGUAUGUGAUUUAUGCACCGGUGGAUAUAGUGGCUAUGAACGUUGUUCUGAGCGGUGGAGAUCCUGACUACGUGGCGUUGUUGCCGUCUGGUUUUGCUAUUUUACCUGAUGGUUCGGUCGGAGGAGGUACCGGAGAUGGGAAUCAUCAGGAAGUGGCUACUUCUUCUGGAAGUUGUGGUUCGCUAUUAACUGUUGCGUUUCAGAUACUUGUUGACUCUGUUCCUACAGCUAAGCUGUCUCUUGGAUCGGUGGCUACGGUUAAUAGUCUGAUCAAAUGUACGGUGGAGAGGAUUAAAGCCGCCGUUGCUUGUGACGGAGGAGGAGGAGGAGCCUAA